AUGGUCACGUGGCGCGUCGCGCGUGCUGGUGGCGCGCGCGCAGCAGGACUCGCCGCUGCUGGGGCAGGGCGUGGAUCCCGUGGCGGCGGGCGCGGCGCGCAACUGCACGCCCGUGUUCAUGAGCGCCGUGCUGCACAAGCUGCUCAAAGUCGACGGUGCGCUCUUUAUUCCUUCCGCUAUAUGCUCCCCCUCCUAGCUUUUCCACUCCUUCCCCGCUCUCCGCCUCUAAACGUUGUUCCACCUUCCCCCCCGUGUCUCCCCGGCCUUCCCCCGGUCGUCCCCGCGUGGCGCAUGCCUUCUUCGUUUCUCCCCGUGUCCGUGGUGCGGCGGGCGGCAGAGAAGAGCUACAGCUUCGACGCCGUGGUGCUGCUCAUGAUGUCCUGGGUCGACUCGCGAGCGCCGCUCGUAUGGCGCGCCAUCCGCGGAGUGCGGGACGCGCGCCUGGCGGAGCAGCAGCACCGCGUGGCGGAGUGCGCGCGGCUUUCCGACCGCCUCGUGGGGAACAUGGGCGCAGACGCGUGGGGGGAGCAGAACGGCGCAGCAGGGGAGCAAGCGCCGGGGUCGCAGGGGGCACCAGGGACGCUGGGGGCGCCGGGGACGCAGCGGAAGGGGGUUCCGCAAGGGGGAAAUGCGACGGGAGCACCGUCGGCGGACGGGUCUAGCCCUGCGCCCGGUGCUGCUCCCAGUGCUGCUGCUGCUGGCAGUACCAACAGUCCUGGUGCUGGUGCUGCCAACGGCACAACAGGCGCUGGUAACGGCAGCGGCCCGCCUCUGAAAGCUCCUGGUGCUCCUGGUGCUCCCGGUGCUCCUGGCGGUCCCGGUGCUCCUGGCGGUCCCGGUGCUCCUGGCGGUCCCGGUGCUCCUGGUGGUCCUGGCGGUCCCGGCGGCGGUCCCCCCCACGACCUGAACGCCUCUGCUGUCGCUGAGCUGUGUGAAAGCGCCAUCACUAAGCCCGUGGCGCCCCCCUGCAGCAAGCGGUGUGCGCCGGGGUCGGAGCUGUGCUGCGAUGCCGUGUGGCUGCCGUCCUUCCACGUGCCCAACGUCAACGCGUACUCGCAGGACCGCUACAUCACCGACGAGAUUCAGCAGUUCGCACCGCUCACGAGUCCCACCGCCAUGGGCCGCCAGGUCCGCCUGCAGGGCACGUUCUCAACGGCAUUCAACUUCAAGCGCUUCCCCUUUGACAAGCAGUCGCUCACGCUCACAGUCUCGCCAGCAGCCUUGGACUCACCACAAGCAGCGCGCUCCUGCUACUACCUGGUCUCCUCGCUAGUAGCUCGUGAGGGCGCCAGCGCGCUAGCCAUGGUUGCCACAGGGGGCGACGGCGGGCCUGGCGCGUACACCACAGACGAGGUCACCGGGUGGUAUACCACCAAGCUCCUUCAAUCCACGAGUCCAUCUUCCCCUUUCCCUUCCCUCCUAAACUGCAACUCUCCUGUUUCUCCCCUCACUCUCUUCCGCCCAUCUCCUCCUCUCCCAAUGCGCAGUCGACCCUUCGACCCUGUGAACACCAUAGUGGAUGCAGCAAGGUCAGCCAAAGGGGGAGGAGGAGGAGGAGCACCCAAGAUAGGCGGGCAGCAGCCCGGGGGGCAGGAUCAGGGGCAGCAGGGGGGACAGCAGGAAGACCAGGCGCUCGUGGGGGGCCCGGCAGCGGACUCCCCCUUCGCCUCUACAGCUGCUCCGGGCAUGGGGGGAGCGGAGGUGGGGGGCGGGGUGGGAGCUCUUGCCCCUGAGAUGGGCAUGGGCGUGGGCGGCAUGUAUGCGUCGACAUGCACGCUCACGAUUCAUGUGGAGCGAUACAGUUACUACUACCUCUGGACGAUCAUCUUCCCGACGAUGAUAACGGUGUGUCUGGCGUUUGCGGUGUUCUUCGCCACGCCCACGCAGCUCGACAUCCGAGUCAGCACCACAGUCACGCUCUUCCUCGCGCUCAUCGCCGUGCAGUUCGUCAUCGAGGAGCAGCUACCCAAGACGUCGUACGUGACGGCAUUCGGGCAGCUAGUGCUGGUGUCAUAUGCAACCAUCGUGCUUGUCAUCCUCGAGUGUCUCUUCGUCUUCUACCUCACCUCCAUGGAAGAGGUUCGUUUCCUGCAGGGCAAGCUGCCUCAUGCGCACGGCAACCCUGACAACGACGAAGACGAUGACGAUACCGAGGCUGGUACAAGGGGUGGUGGGUCCCUGGGCGGGCGCAGCUGCAGGCACAACAAGCGCAGGGCCUAUGGUAACGACGUGGACGGUGAUUGCUAUGGUUACGAUGAUGAUGAUGAGGCUAAUGGUUACCAGAAGUAUGGUGGUAGCAGCAGCAGUCAGCGGCUGAGUGAUUUCAGCUAUGGUUUCUCCCAUCCGCACCACCGCUCCGGUCCCCGAGCCUCCUCCUCGUCGCGCUCUCUCCGCGCCGCCCGAACCUCCUCCUCCGCCUGCUCCUCUGCCAUCUCCUCGUCCCGCUUCGCCCCGCGCCACUCCAACCGCAUGUCUGCCGGUGCUGCUGCUGUUGCUGGUGGUGCUGCUGGUGGUGCUGGUGGUUCCUCUCUGGGUGUGUCGCUGUGCUGUGGCGGUGGCUGCUGCAACACACCGUCUACUCAAAGCCGAGCCUCCUCCUCCCUUGGUCUCCUAGAUCCUGCUGCCUCUGGGAUGGAUGACAGAUGCGAAUGCUGUCUUUCUGAUGCUCCUACUCCUGCUGCGGGCACUGUGCUGAGCACUCCCACUCCUGCUUCGGCUGCUGCUGCUGCUUCGUCUGCUGCUCUCGCUGCGGCCAUUUCUUCACACACGCCAUCUGCCCUUCCAGCUGAUUACUUCCAUACAGAACCACGCGCUACCUCCGCAAGAAACACUGGCGGCGGCACUGGUCGCAACAUCUGCAGCAACAACUGUGGCAGCAACUGCAGCAGCGGAAACGAAUCAGACGGCGACAGCGAGGACGGCAUCGACGGGGAGGAUCCAAUGGCUCAGCUGGUAGAUGAGGGCGCGAGAGCACGCGCUGCCAGCAAGGCAGCGGCACUCUGGACAGUCGGGUCUGCGUGCGGGUCGAUGCGGAGAGAGGGAGCGGAGGACGACGGGGAAACAAUGGUGGAUGGGAGGGUGGGAGGUGGUGGCGGUGGGGCCAGCGCGGGUGUUACCACGACCACGGCCAGGGACUUCUAUACUGGAGCAGCAGUAGCUGGGGCUGGAGCUGGAGCUGGGACUGCAGCUGGGGCGAUGGCUGGAGCUGGGGCUUUUGCUGCCCAGCAGGGCAUUGAGAUGGUGAAUCAGCCAUUGCGCCGGCCUUCGCCACUCUCACUUCCAGCCCCAAACAACCACCACCUGCAACACAAUCCCAGUAACUGCAAGGAAGACAAUAACACAAACAGUGGCGGCGGCACAGGCAGCAACGUCAACGCCAGCAGCAGCAGUGGGAGCAGUUUCCGCCAGUUUUCCCUGUCCCUCUCCUCGUCCUUCUCCUCGUUCCGUUUUGCUCAGCCAUUGCUGAAAGCAGCUCCUUCUCUCCGUCGUGCCGUCACCAGCUCAGUAAAAAGCAUCAGGUCACACAAGCAAUACUUGGGAAAGAAUGCAGCAGCUGCGUAUCGGCUCGCCAGUCGGAUUGAUAGCAUUGCGCUCCCUGUCAUGUUCUUUUUGUACAUUCUCUCUGCCGUUCUCAUAUUCAGCUUGGCUUGA